AUGGCAGCAAAUAGGUACAUUGGGCCGGAGUCUCCUGAUAUUCAUAGCAAAUAUCAGCCGACAGAUAGCCACAUCUUCUACAGCCCCUACGGUCCGUUUCCCAAGGUCGACGAGAACCUGAAUAUCCACGACUACUUGUUUCCUCCAGGUCAACCGUUGGCACCCGACUACGAUCUUUUCAUUGAUGCCAAUACAGGAGCCAAGGUAACACUACAUCAGUUCUACCAUAGAGUAUGCGCUCUGUCACGAGCGUUGCGAUAUGAUGGGCCCAAUCCGGUCGGGCUGGCAAAGUCACCGAGGAACGAUCGGGAAGAUGGAGAAAUCCUGGGAAUCUUUGCGAAGAACCACUUGUCAUGGCCGCUCAUCUCACACUCAUGCUUCCGGGCUGAGCUGGUUUUCGGGGGGAUUAGCCCCAACUCGACACCGUAUGAGCUCUACCACAUUAUGCGCAAGAUGCAAGCAACGUCUGCUGUCGUCCACGAAUCGCUCCUCCCGGUGCUCCACGAAAUGUUGGAGAAAGGGACGCAGGCAGGGGAUGAUAGCAACCUAUCCUUCGUUCUCGACCCGAAAAAGAUCAUCGUUAUAUCUGACAAUCCUGCACUGGAUUUUGUGGGUGGUUAUCGAACGGUGGAGAGCCUUGUUCGGCUUGGAGAAAGGCUGCCUGAGCAAAAUAGGAAGCUCAGUGGAGGGGACAACCUGUGCUACCUUUUCCAAUCGUCUGGAACAUCUGGGUUCCCGAAAGCGAUGAUGAUCUCGCACAAGAAUGCGAUUCAUACAGCCAUGCAGGGAAUCAUCCCAGCGUACCAUUCGUUCGGUAUGAUUCUGUGGACGCUCCGAGUAAAUCUCAACCCGUCGACCAAUAUACUCAUGUCGAAGUGGAAUUUGGAGCAAGCUCUUCAACUUAUACAGAAAUAUAAAGUUACCAUGUUGCCCCUGGUUCCGCCUCUGAUCAGGCAACUGGCGCAGUCCCCGCUUACGGACAAAUAUGAUCUUUCGUCGGUGGCUGCUGCUAUUAGUGGAGCUGCGUAUUUACCUCCCGACGUGGCGUAUGAACUCGGGCGGAAACUACCACAGCAAACUCCAGUUCCCUCGGGCUAUGGGCUCUCUGAAGCAGCAUCCAUUGCAUCGCCGAUUCUAGAAGGGAUGUUUGGUCUCUCGCGCUCCGAUCCUGGUACUAUUGGAUUCCUGCUUCCUGGUGUAGAAGGUCGCAUCGUUGAUCCCGAUACACUUAAACCCGUUCCCAAAGGCUCAAAGGGCGAGCUCUGGGUUCGAGCAAAUGUUGUCACGCCAGGCUAUUUCCGCGAUGCCAAGGCGACCGCUGAAAUCUUCACGGAGCCGGGUUGGCUGAGGACUGGCGAUCUUGUCAUGCGGGACUCUGAAGAUAGGCUUCAUUAUCUUGAUCGCCUCAAGGAGAUGAUCAAGGUCAAAGGGCUUCAAGUGGCAGCAACCGAGGUCGAGGAUACUCUCCUUUCCCAUCCAGACGGCCUUGUUAAGGAUGCAUGUGUGGCCGGCGUGGACAACGGUCGCGGAGAUGGUAGUUUGUUCCCUCGAGCGUGGGUGGUUUUGUCGGAGAAAGGCAAGCUCAGAAAUGAAAGCGCUGUUAUCCAACAGCUUGAUGAAUUUGUCAAAAGUCGGCUUUCGAGGCAUAAGCACUUGGCUGGAGGACUUGAAAUCGUGGAUGCGAUACCGCGGACUCCGUCGGGGAAGAUGCUAAGGAGGGAGAUGCGUGAUCGAUAUCACGCCAGAAUCAAGGCAGAAAAGCAAAAGGCCAAACUGUAG